AUGGCAAGUAAACCAAUUCUAAAGAGAAUUCGAGAUGUUCUUAUGACAAAUAGUACUAAUGAAUAUGACAAAAAUAUUUCUGAGGAUGAGGAGUCGAAUUCUGAUCCGGAUUAUUUAGGUGCUGAAACGGAAUCCGAUGACACAUCCACUGAUGAACAUAUUUCAAAAAAAGAUGAUUCAUCAGAUUCUGACAAUACUGAUGAUGAUACAGUUAUAAAUAAUCAACCAGAAUCAGCAGAAAAAAAUGGUGUUUUAUGGACAACACAAACAACUGCAGCUCAUAGUCGUUUAUAUGUCAUCAAUAUAAUGAAGAAGAAACCAGGUGCUGUUACUGCAGUUCAGACAAUAAUGGAUGCAUUCAAGUUUUUCAUUACCGAUGAGAUUUUAAAUGAAAUCGUUCUUCAAACAAACAAAUAUGCCAAGCGAUACAUAAAUCAACAAAAACAAAGGCGAUCAAAUGGUGGUGCUAGUCAGUCAAAAUUGGUCCAAUGGAAAGAUCUUGACCGUAUCGAAUUAGAAGCGUUUCUCGGAUUAUUAAUUCAAUCGGGUAUUUGCCAUAGUAAUCAUGAAUCAAUUACUUAA